AGGAAAAAAAAAACCUAUUAUGAUUUAUACGAAACAAGAAUGGUAUACGCCAGCUGAAGUAGCACUUCACAAUAAAGCUACUGAUUGCUGGGUUUCCGUCAAUGGCGUGGUGCGGAACCUCACCUCUUGGCUGAAGGAACAGUUUAGGAUCUGCAACUGCAUUAAAAGUUGUUCGUGUCCAGUUAAAUCCUGGUUUUGCGAAGACACGUGUGUGGAGCACUGUAAUUGCUUCAAACGAGGAUUCUCAUAUUGUGAUGGAAAAAGAUUAGCAAUGGCUGUAUUAGCAUAUGCUGGAAAAGAUUUAAGCCACUGGUUUAAUGGUGACAAUUGGGCACAUUUUACGCAUCCGCUUGUGGGAUCAAUUACGCCUUAUCAUCGACAUGGUCCAGGUAACGAGCAGCCAGUAGUGCCUUCCACGCGCUGGCGUCCGAUCACGAACCCUUGGUGGUUGGAUGAGAACAAUGUAGUGGGAAAAGUAACGGAGAGGACCAGGCCAAUUAGGAUCACUAAUACUUUGACUGGUUCCAGUGUGACAUUAGAAGUUUGCUCCGAGGAGACAAUAUAUCAGAUAAUGAUGCGUUACCUACCUCAUAAUUACCAUAUGCUGUCAUACACUUGGAGAUAUCUUGAUAGAGGACUCGACUAUAAUAAAACUCUCGCUGAAAAUGGUAUUCCUGACGAAAGAGAUCUGUUCAGUGAGGUCUCAUUACCAGAGAACAUUCAUAUUCCUGAUAUCCUGUUGUUUUAUAACGACGAUUUAACUGAAGAUCCACCAAGAUCUGUGUGCUUCUGUCGCCAUAUAGGCUGUGUUCUCAAUGAAUGUCAAGAAAAACAUGAAGUUUGUUCGCCUAAUAUGCAAGUAAUAAAAAAACAAUGCGUCCAGUGAUUGUUCAAAAAUUUUUAAUGUUAGAAACAAUAAUGAACUGAAAAUAUGGUAACCUUUUUCACUCUUUAUUUAAUCACAGUAAAAAUAUUUAUUGCAUACAUUUUUAUUUUAAUAAUGUUCUUUUUAAAUAUUCCU